CGUUGUUCGGCUAUUGCUGACUAUCAAGGCAUGCUCCACAGGUUCCUUGUCGGUCUGGUUGAUGCGAAGCGCAUUCUGGAGAUCGGCGAUGCCCGCGAGAACGUGGUCAAGCUGAGCAACAUCACUGUUGAUGUAGCGUUCCUUGAUGUGGACAAGAUGUCGUACAAAUACCACCACGAUGCGAUCCUGGAGAGGAGCAUGUUGAAUAAGUCUGGCUUGUUUAUUGCUGAUGAUACAGCAUUCACUAGUGUCACCACAUAGGCAUUCCAGCACCAGUUUCUGAGUAUGCCAGGCCGGUUGGUGUCAAGUUUAACAUCUGUAUGCAUAGUCUGGAGAACAGUUUUCGCACUACAUGGGCUCAGCGAGUAUGCUCACAAAGACCCGCGGACUAAACCGGUUAUGCUGCCACAAUUCACCGGUAUCGCAUUUAUCCGGCAGAUUGCCUAGGUGGCUCCCAUAUGCUAGGACUGCCGUUGCAAAUGUUUACAGACGAGCGCCUGCUAGCCAAUCUGUCGUACAAGAUUCUUUAUAUCCUUUUCUGUAGCAAUCUCCUUGUCAAAC